AUGCUCGUGACAACCCUUCUUUCCGCCAUGUCAACCCUUUCAAGGGCGGCACCCACCACAACCACCGUCGACUCAACAGAACUCGGCCAAGGUCCUUACCACUACGACUUCGGCUGGACCAAACCCUUCAUCAGCUCCUGCAGCAACAAGACUGUCGAUGUCAAGUUCCGCUGGUCCAUCAAAGGCCUCCAAUACACCACCUCUUCCACAUUCAUGUCACCCACCGAAGAACAAGAACAGAAGCCCAGCAUCGAGUCGACUUACUUCAGCUUCAACCUCACCAACCCCGCCAUCGGGGGCCUAGCUCGCUGCAACACCACCAUGUCCGGGCCGAUACCAAACGCGACCCAUGUAUUCUGGUGCGACAAGUGGCUUUCAGUCGACGCUGGGACGGUUGGGCUGUAUGGGACCCGUGGUCCACGGCUUCAACUGAGGUUUCAUGAGAAGACGCUGUUGCUUAAUGAUGGGUGGAAGUGUGAUGAGCCAGGGCAGAGAAGUAAUGGCGACGCAAGAGGCCUUGUAGAACUGGAAUACUCGCAGUGUACUGGGGCAUCUUCAGUCACCGGUGACUGGAAGCCCGGUCAGAUUUAUUCGCAAAAGACAAUCGGUUGUCGCGCUGACCAGAUCGAUCUUAAGCCGAAUUAUCUACUUGGGGUGUAG